AUGUCUCUCAAGAAGGAUUCCUUUCCCGCCUCCGCCGCCUUCGACGUGAUCAACCAGACGCUCCAGGCCGAUGCUGCCGAGCGCAAGGAUGCCGUCGACAAGGCCAAGGCCAUCGUCUCUUUCAACCUCAAGAACGAGAAGGGCGAGGAGGCCAGCUGGUACCUCGACCUGAAGAACAAGGGCGAGGUUGGCCAGGGUGCUGCCCCCGCUGGAGCCAAGGCUGAUGUCACCCUCACUCUCUCCGACGCAGACUUCGCCUCCCUCGUCGCCGGCAAGGCUAACGCCCAGCGCCUGUUCAUGGGCGGUAAGCUCAAGAUCAAGGGCAACAUUAUGAAGGCUACCAAGAUGGAGCCUAUCCUCAAGAAGGCUCAGGGCAAGGCCAAGCUGUAA